AAAGGGAAGCUCUACACUACUGUGCACGUAGGGGGAUUUAUAUUACUAAUAUCAGCGUACGUUUCGAGAUUGAGCUCAUUGGCGGCUAUGGUUACGGCUACGGCUUUGGCUGGCUGCCGUGGCUUUGCUUGCACGUUGGGCCGGCUAUAGAUAUCCGUAUUAUUGCAAAAAAUAAGACGUAAUUUCGCUCUAGGUAGAACGUAUAUAAGGCUCCAAAGGUUAAAUCAUGUAAAUAUGGGAUGUAAAAUACACUUUUUUUGCGAUAUUAUUGCCGUUACGAAAAUUCAGAUAAGCAUUGUUCAGCGUCCAAUCAGAAGACACCAAGGAUUUGGCGCGCUUUGGACAUUGGCGGCAAGAGACGUGCAAGUGUGACGGUCUCCCUCAGAUUUCUAAGUGGCUUCGUUUUAGUUAUAAUUUAUAGUGAUUUUUUACGAUGUUCGAAGCGAGGUUAGUUAAGGGAGCCCUUCUCAAGAAGGUUCUCGAGGCAGUCAAGGACCUGAUUAACGAAGGAACAUGGGACUGCUCGGCGACAGGCAUCAGCUUGCAAGCCAUGGACAACUCUCACGUCAGCUUGGUUUCUUUGAACCUCAGAAGCGACGGCUUCGACAAAUUUCGUUGCGACCGAAACCUCUCCAUGGGAAUGAACCUCACCAGCAUGUCGAAGAUAAUGAAAUGUGCCACGAACGACGAUAUUAUCACAAUAAAAGCCCAGGAUGAUGCCGAUACAGUAACAUUCGUGUUCGAAGCGCCCAACCAAGAGAAGGUCUCGGACUACGAGAUGAAAUUGAUGAACAUCGACACGGAGCACCUGGGCAUCCCUGAAACGGACUACAGCGUGGUCGUGAAGAUGCCGUCUGGUGAGUUCCAGCGCAUCUGUAGGGACCUGAGCCAGAUCGGAGACUCCGUCCGCAUCACAUGCACCAAAGAAGGGGUUAAGUUCUCCACCACCGGUGACCUGGGCACAGGCAACGUGAAGCUGUCUCAGACGGCGAAUGUUGACAAAGAAGAAGAGGCUGUCAUCAUUGAGAUGCAGGAAGCAGUCUCCCUGACUUUUGCGUUGCGCUAUCUUAACUCUUUCACGAAAGCCUCUCCACUUUGCGAGCAGGUGCAGCUCUCCAUGUCUGCCGACGUUCCCUUGGUUGUGGAGUACAAGAUAGACGACAUGGGCUACGUGCGCUACUACUUGGCUCCGAAGAUCGAGGACUCUGAGGACAGUUGAUCUGGAGGGAACAGGCACGUGUACAGACAAACAAGCUGCUUUUACAUAAUGUCCUCGUAUUCAUUUUUUUUUUUUUUUUUGCAUUGUUAUACUGUGUCACUUUGAGAUAUUUUCUUCUUUCAAAGUUGCUUCGAAAUAGAUCUUGAGUGUCAAAAAAAAAAAAAAGAGUCUGGGUCGGGUCAGUCUCUACAAACCCAGCACAGUGGAUGAACAUGUUCACAGCCAUGUUCACAGAGUAACUAAGUUGCAGUUGCAGCUGGCUUGUGGAAAUGGUAACUAAGUUAGUUAGUUACUUUUCAGAAUAUACCUAGUUACAACAGCUGUUACCACAUAAAGGAACUUAGUUGUUUACUAUUUAAGAGACAAGUAAGUCUUAACUCUAAAAUAAAAAUGAUGCACGUAGUUUUCAAUUGCA